AUGGAAGAGUCAGUUACUGCAGACCUACACCACCAAGAACCAUCGGCCAAGCGCAGGAGGGUGCGCAAAGGGACUCGGUCAUGCUGGGAAUGCAAGCGGCGGAAGAUCCGGUGCAUAUUCUUAUCCCCAGACGAUGUGACUUGCAUCGGCUGCCAGAAUCGGCGUGCUCCUUGCGUCGGCCAGGACCUGCCUGAGGAUUUGUCUCCGUCAAGAAAAGGCAACCAGCAUCUCAGCGAACGCAUCGCAAGAGUCGAAGACUUCAUCAAGGACUUUGUUGCUAGCAAACAUGCCGGAGGAGAGCCACUGCAAGAUAGGCAUUUGGAUCAACCAAACACCGGAUCAGAUGAUUCCGAGCCCGCAUCAACUCGAGCUACACAGACAGUGGACUCGCAGGGUGUAUCAGCUCGAACCAAAACCGAGACAACAGCGCUUCAUCACCUAUGGGCAGCCUUUCCAGCGGAAGAUGAUGCCAAAAUCCUGCUCCGAGAGAGCUCGAGACCGUCGCUUUAUACCGAUCUCGUUAACACCCAGCCCCAUAGCAAGCUGACGCUCGAUUCGCUUGCCGCGCCGCACCCGAUGCCUCAACUUCCUGGUCCCAACACCCAUCCGGUCAUUCUGGCCAAACGGAUGCUCAUGUUCGCAAUAACGCUACAAAGUCCGUGUGGGGAGAAGGUUCGUGGUCUUUCUGAGCCACAAGGCGUACUCAUGAGCCGCUUGAAGACGGCUGCAGCGACAUGGAUAACAACCAAGGAGGAGAUGCACGGCACGGUCGAGAGCCUGAUUUGCAUCAUCCUAGAGGGUGUUUUUGAGGUGAACUGUGGGAAUCUUCGACGGGCUUGGGUUGUUUAUCGCAGGGCAAUGGCCGUAGCCCAGCUGAUGGGCCUGCAUCGUUCCCCAAUGCCUCUCCUGAAACGUAUCGACCCAGAGCUGCACGCAGAACCCGAGUUCAUGUGGUUCCGCAUCGUCUAUAUGGACCGUUAUCUCAGCCUGCUACUUGGUCUCCCUCAAGGCACAACAGACAAGAGUGUGGGAGCAAAAAUAUCGUCUCUGCAGCAUGAACCCCCCGUCGGCAAAUUUGAGCGACAGCUCACCGUGAUUGCAUCCUGCAUCUUGGAACGCAGUGAAAGUGCAUUCACCACAAGCGCAGUCAUUACAACCAAAUCCAUAGAUUCAGAGCUAUUGAGACUGGCCCAGAGCAUGCCCACAAACUUUUGGCGGCCAGCGAAUUUUCAUAACCUUACCCCAGGAUCUCCGGAGAGCCUGCUGGAGACUGUACGCUUGUCAGCCCAGGUCUACUACUAUGGCUUGUUGAUUCAUCUCCACCUACCGUAUAUGAUGAUGCAUGGAAUGGCCGGCAAUGCCGAGCACGAGUACUCCAGGAUUACCUGCGUCAAUGCCAGCCGGGAGAUAAUGACGCGCUUCAUUGCUCACCGGACCUUCAACCCCAUGUCGUCCUGCUCGCGGCCCGUAGACUUUUUUGCACUCCUGGCGGGAAUGACACUCCUGCUUGCUCAUCUCGACGCUCAUCAUCAUCGAGAAGCGACUAACAUCCUGGCUCACCAACGCUUGAGUGACCGCGCCAUACUAGAGCAAGCCCUGGAACGAAUGGAUGUCAUCAGUAACGCGAACAAGGACGUAAUCACCGGGAAGAGUGCCAAACUGAUCCGACGCCUACUCGACAUCGAGGCGGACGCUGCCGACGGACGCAGCUACACCACCAGAAGCGUAAUAGGAGAUCGCGACGAUGGACAGGAGGGCAUUGACAAAAAGGGUGACGAGCUUCGUUUACAUAUUCCGUACCUCGGCAUCAUCAAGAUUGCCCUCCAGGAUCCUAUUUCUUGCGAGCUGUUUGGGCCGCACCAGAUGGCCCCGCUCGAGUUCCCACAGAGAGAGUCAACACUCGCCGUAUCCAACGAUGCGUCCACGUCUCUCCCUCAUGCGUCAUUGACGGAGGAACAACAGCCGCUUAGCCACCUGCAUGGCACUACCCAAAGCCCCCUUCAGGGAAUCGUGCCGGCAUCGGAACGGUUGAAUGCGCAGUUACAUGACCAGUCCAUUCUGCAAGACACCAGCCCAAGCCAAGACGACAUCACUCUGCAACCGCAUGUGGGGCUUCCUGUCAUUACGGCUGAUGUCAAUGACUGGGCGUUCCAGGGGGUAGACAUGGCGUUUUUCGAUGGUUUGAUGAGAGGAAUGCCCGGCGUGGAUGCGGCCGAGUUAGAGCAGUACCGAGCGGGUCAAUGA